GAUUUCACCAUGCUUUUAUCAGAAAGAUAGCAGGAUAGAUUAGCUUCACUGGAAACCUGCCUGUUGACAGCCUGCCCAGCGAGAAAACUCCAAGGAGAAGCUGAGGACAAACAACCUCUCGAAGACAGUCCAUGGGGACUGUACCAGAUCCUCUGAGAUCUGCCAAGCUUUCCCUGGUCUCAACUUCUACAGAGGAGGAGCAGCUGGGAGACCUGCAGCCUGCUAAGCACCAGCCCCAGCUCCCCAGUGGUGAGAGGGCCAGCAAUGGCAUCCCGUGCGCUCCGUCCAGCUCAGCUGGGGCUUGCUUGCUCGACCUGAACUGCACAGGUGCUGCCAGCACACAGAGGUGUGAGCAGUGCCACACAGACCAUGACAGCCAGCAGGAAGCCUUUUCUCCCAGGCUGGCCAGCCCAGCUGCAGAGGGGCAUCCUGCAGAUGUGAAGCCUGCUGGUGCUGCCCAGCCAGCGGGCAUCCAGGCAGCGGCAGCGCCAGCCCUUGCUGCAGCAGGAGCCCUCUUGGUGGGGCAAGGGCCAGAGAUGAUGCCAGCCCCACAGAGCUCCCGGCAGUUUGUGCCAGGCAGCCAGGCCAAAACCGGCUCCCUGACACAGAUAGAUGACUCUGCCCUGAAACCUCAGGGAGCUGAGGAUCAGCCAGCGCUUGGAGUGUUAAAUUAUUCUUCCCCAGGUGAUCCUGUCGGGGUUAAUCAAUUCUGUCAUACUUCUCAGGCAAACCUUCUGCAAAGAGGGGAAAAAGACAGGGCAGCAGAAAAAAAUGGUUCUGCCGUGUGUCAGUCAGCCUUGGCAGCAAGGCAAAGCGAAGCUGAGCUGGGGAGGGACCCACAGACCAGUCUGGAGGCAAAAAGCGGGGCUGCAGACACGGCACAGCUGCAUCCCCCAGAUAAAACUGCAGCGGUGCAGAGCAGCCAGGCACCAGCCCAGUCUGGCCACGGGAGUCCACAUCCCAUACACAACCUGGACCCCACGCCUGGGAGCCCAAACCCUACCCAGAUCUCCAAAUUCAGAGAAACAGGUACAAUGACAGCUCAGCCAGAGAGCAGCCCUUUUACUCAGGAAGCUGUAAGCAGGACAUGGCGGGAUGCUGAGGUUCAGGCUGUGGCUACUGUGGAGAGCAAAUCAGCUUCCACCAGUCCCAGCAUCUUUGCUGCCUUCUUAAAAGGGAAUCCUCCUCCAGAGGAGAAGGAAGAACUGCAUAUAAUUUACCAAGGAGGUAUGGGGCUGAGCCAGGCUGCAGUUACUGACAGUUCAUCCUCACAACAACAGUUUCCCUGUUCUCCUGGUAUCACAUCAAAAUCGACUGUUGUGACUGUGACUGCUUCAGCCCAAACCCAGCUUGUCAAACUCCCCGGGGUCCCAUCUGACGUGGCAUCUCCAGUAUCAGCAGAUAAUGCAAAACCUGUUCUCCCCUGCUCCCCUGCAGCUGUACCCUCCCAAGGAACAUCUGUGGGUAAUGCUGAAACGACCAGUGCAGCCUGUGAUGUCAAGGAUGCUGCUCAGCUGCCAAAGGAUGCUCCAGUCCCACCAAGGCCCAUCCCAGCUGAGCAGCUUGGAGCUGACUCCAGUAAUCAAACUCCAUCACAGUGUGGGACUGGCGCUGGUGAGCCAAGCCCCACUUCCACUGACGCUGUCCCAGGAACCCAGAACAACGUGCGGGAUCUCGUCCCUCAUGCAGGAAGCAGCCGGUCACCUUUCCUCUCUGGCAAGGACAGUGAAGCCAAGCAGAAGGAGGUCCUGGGCAGCUCUGAGCAAAGGCCUGUGCAAAGCAAGGGUGUGAGUCAAGGGCAGGCCAGCCCUGAUCAGUCUGUGGUAAAACCAAAGGAAGAAAAGUCGGUGGUGCUUGAUCCUGAAGGAGGGCUGGAUGCUAGCGGCCAAGCUGCCGCUGUCCGCGCUAAGGCGUGCUCGCAGGAUGCAGGUCAGGAGGGGAGCAGGGGCCACGGAGACAGCGGGCAGUCUCGGAUGGCUGCAGGCCAGAACCUGCAGGCAGGACUGAUGCCCGAGUCGAGUGCGAGUUCUGCAAGUCUCGCCCCUCCCACGGCAGCAUCGGCAGCACCGCAGCAACAGAGCCUCCAGGCCAGGGAGUCCAGACACGAUCUCCACACUGCAGCAAUUCCUGCUUCCUCUCAGGCUGUGCCCAACCUGGGGGACAGCAAAAAGCACUCCACCCCAGCCAUGGAGGCGAAAGUGCAGGUGAAGCAGUCCAAACACGUCAGGGAUGUUGUUUGGGAUGAGCAAGGAAUGACGUGGGAGGUUUAUGGUGCUUCCCUCGAUCCAGAAUCCCUGGGAAUUGCCAUCCAGAACCACUUACAGAGACAAAUACGGGAACACGAGAAACUGAUCCGGGCCCAGAACAGUCAGACACGGAAAUCCAUUUCCUCAGAUACAUCCUCAAAUAAAAAACUGAAAGGGAGGCAGCACAACAUGUUCCAGUCCAUGCUGCAGAAUUUUAGGCGUCCCAAUUGCUGCGUACGACCUGCUCCCUCUUCUGUGUUAGAUUGACAUGGUUUGCAGGGGUGCCUAAAUACCUGCAGUGGUGGAGAGAGAAUCCCUCCCCUCGAGUCCUGCUGUUUGGUUGUGUAAUUGGGGUUGUGAUGCAACAGUGGAAAAUGAUUCCCCUUUGUUUUCUGACUAGCCGCGUGCUCCAUCCUGUCAUUAUUAUUGUCACAGCUGGUGUAUUUCCACGUUAUGCCCCAACCUUGACUGCUGUCAGAUGAAAAGCUAGGCACUUAGCAAAAGCACAAAUUUCAAUUGCCACCUUGCUGCAGGGAGAGCAGCACCUUCUGAUAAAGCAGGAAGCAGAGGGAUUGUCAGAAUUACAGGAAUUUGUUUAUGUGCAUUAUGAGGUCUUACUCAAAGGGGUGGACUGGGGGAAGCUGAGGGAGGUGGAAGCAAGGUUCAACAGCUGUAAGGACCCAACACAAGACAACUUUCCUGGUUUGUAAGUUACCUGUGCUGAGGCAAGUCCAUGAACAGGCUAUAGACAUUGCCUCACUUCUGUUGAUACUGUGGGCUGCUGUUCUCAGUGAGCCCCAGGGAGCCCAGUCUUCCCCUCCUGUUGAAAUGCAGAACCAGUCAAAGAACGAGGAUCAAGACUGGAUUCUCUCUCGGGGAGAAGCUAAG